AUGGCCUCAAAUCAAGAACUCGUUCAAAUCGCCACAAACUUUUUAUUAAAUGCACCACCAUGCGAAUUUAUGGAAGUUGUUUCAGAUGUUCGUGCUCUCCUUCCAAGUGAAUCAUUAUUAAAUGCCUCAGCUGGUUCAACAUUCAGAGAAUACAAUACAUCACAAAUGGUUAGUGUACAAACAUCAAAAGGUUCAGCUUUAAUUACCAAAGAAGGUGAAAUUAGCAACAACGAAUAUUUAGAUCCAAAGAAUAAACAAGUUAUUACUUAUGAUCAUAUUAAACAAGAAGUCACUGGUGAACGUUCAGCAUCAGGUGAAAUUGAACAAGAUAUUGAACAAUACAGAGCAGCAUUUGAUGAAGAAGCAACCAAAUAUUGUAAUGAAUAUUAUCCAAAUGGUGUAAGUGCCGUUUAUGGUACCAAAGUAUCAGAAGGUAUUAAAAUUACCGUUUGUAUCUCUACCUGCAUAUACAAACCAAACGCUUUCUACUCUGGUAGAUGGAGAUCAGUUUGGACCUGUACUUUCAAACCAGGUAGUGGUAAUGUAACCUCAAAUGGUAAAGUUCAAGUUAAUGUUCAUUACUUUGAAGAUGGUAAUGUUCAAUUAAACACUGUCACUCAAAAACAAACUACUUCACCAUCUGCUGAUGCACAAUCAACUGCAGUCAAUGCAUUUAAAGCAAUUGGUAAAGCUGAACUUAACCUCCACACCGCACUUGAUAACAAUUACUCCACUAUGGGUGAUACCACAUUCAAAGCCCUUAGACGUGCUCUUCCAAUCAAUCGUACCAAAAUCAACUGGCAAAAAGUCAAAAACUUCAAAAUUGCCAAUGAACUCAAUAAAUAA